AUGUCGGCCGUGGUCGAUGCUGUCUUUGGUUCAUACGAUGUCAAGAAUGCCAAGCAAUGGCGUGAUGAAGAUUUAAUGCACCGUGAGCAACAAAAACAAUGGCGAGAAGACGCAAUUCUUCGUGAUACCGAAUGGCGUCGCGCGGAUCUAAAGCGUGAGAGACGUUUGGCUAAACUCGAGGCAGAGAAACGUCUUGUGGAUGCACAUCUUCAACAGCUACGAACGAUCUUAGAGCUAUCAGCGAUCUUGGGAUUCUUUUCAAUUAUGUUUAUACAAGAGAUCAAGUCCUUGGAGAAUCUCACACGCUUUGUGACACACACGUUAGAAGGUCAAGUACUACGUUUGUCGGAUCUUGAGUUGGAUAUAGUGUCACCAUUUAUUGACUGGUGGGUCACUAAAUGUGAACAAGAGUGGCUACUGGCGUAUCAAUUCUUUCGGACCGGUGCAUCCUUCUUUCUUGUAACGAUUGGAUUAAUCAGUUGGAUUGUAUUUGUCCGCUCCAUGAUUGCAGCUCUUGUUGUCUCUGUGCUCUGCGUCGGUGGAUUAUUGCACUAUAAUUUGUGGAUUGCUAGUAAAUGGAGAUAUCUCGUCACGAGAAGAAGGAGAUUGAGUGUCCCAUUGCCAUGA